CCAACAUGCUGCCUCUUGAUGGACAUUUAUUGUAAAUCACAAACAGUGGGAUUUUAUGAAAAACCCCACAUGAAAAGUAUGCAUAGACAGUUUUCUAGGGAAAGAAAGGGAACAUGAAAAUGUGUGAAACUGUCAUAAACAGGCAUUUGUUUGUUUUUGCUGUUUUGAGAGAGGUUGUCUCUAUGAAGCUCUGGCUGGCUAUGAGUCACAAUCCUUCAGACUCAGACUCCUGGGUAAAAAAAAUGGGACUCAAGGCAUACACCACCAACCUUGUCUGAAAUGGGCUUUUAAAUGGGUUGAAGGGCUAUGAUGAUGACUUUGUCCUGUUGAGUACACACACUGAUACGCUCAGGGAAAGCUGUGCUGUUGUGAUCUGAAAAAUUGUGACAGACACUGCUUUUUUAGUGCAUUCCUCCACCCCCAUUCCCCCCAAAAACAACACACACACACACACACACACACACACACACACACACACACGUCAAAGAGGCAGAAUCAUUGGAUACUUCUGCUAAUAAAAGGGGAACUAGUUGUGUUUCUUAGAGAACCUCCACAGGAACCUUUAGGAUUCAGAAAAAGUACGGGACUUACGCUGAGUGGCACAUGGACUGUGGGCAAGACAUCACAUCUGAACAAAAAACCUGAGGCUCGUUCCUGAAGACUGGUCUUCACCUGAUACAUAACAGGCUUUCUAAUUGAGAGACAAGAACUGCUUCUGCUGCCAUGAUAACCAUACAAGGAAUAGAACACACUGCAUUGGAAGCUGGCUAUGAUGCCCAGAAAGUGGGACAACAGCCUUUAUAUGUGAAUUCACUUUCGUGGAAAAGGAUGACAGAGAAGUUCUUGAAGGGAGAACCCAAAAUCCUUGGGGUUGUGCAGAUUGUGAUUGCCCUCAUGAACCUCAGCAUAGGAAUCACGAUGAUAAGUGCUAUUGUGCCAUCUGGUGAGAUUCUCCCUGUCUCAGUGUAUAUAGGGUACCCAAUCUGGGGAUCUCUGAUGUUUAUUAUUUCAGGAUCAUUCUCAAUUGUAGCAGGAAGAAGGACUACAAAAGGUUUGGUUCGAAGUAGCCUAGGCCUGAACAUCACCAGCUCCGUGUUUGCUAUCUCAGGGAUCAUAAUCAGCUCACUGAGCCCAGGCAUUUAUUCUUUCCAUUUCUACUACUGUGCAUAUAGAAACUCUUCAGAAAGCUGUCAUAUGACCAUGUACAUUUUAAUUGGUCUGGAUAUUGUGGUAGCCAUUUUAAGUGUGCUGGAGUUCUGCAUUGCUGUGUCUCUUUCUGCCUUUGGAUGCAGAGUGAUGUGUUGUAACCCCGGUGGGGUCGUGGUAAUUAUGCCAUCAAGUCCUCCCACGAAAGAAACACCAUGUCCUAUAUCACUUUAAGGAGGUUUGGUACCACCGGCACACCAAGAGAAAAAUCUUCCAGAAAAUCUGCAGUGAUUUUUUUUUCAAGAACCACACAUGGGGAAACACAAGACUUCAACUCUGAUGUGGAUCUCUCUCUCACUCUCUCUCUCUCUCUCUCUCUCUCUCUCUCUCUCUCUCUCUCUCUGUCUGUCUUUGUGGUGUGUGUGUGUGUGUGUGUGUGUGUGUGUGUGUGUGUGUGUGUGUGUGUUUGGAAUGACAUUCUCAUGUUUCCCCAGGAACUUGGCUGAUCAUUCCAUUGGCUUUUCAUAAGAAUAUCAUAAUGGAAUAAAUAAACCAUCUAUUUACUAGCUAAA